UCUUCUGGAAAAACAUCGAACACUCACACGGUUUAAUUUCUAACUUGUUUCCCGACAGAAGUGAAUUAAUCCUUGAAAAUGGCGAAAAGAUCAUCGAAUCACAGGUUUCGAGAAACCGCAGGUGAUUUACUGUCUGACGCUCUCAUCGACCUGAACAAGAGAAACAAGGAAAACCUCCACAGUUUAUCACAAAACUACACAAACUUCAAGAACCAGAGAACAUAUGAAUGCAUUUUCCUCCUAACUAAAGAGCUGAGACUCGAUCCUCUGGUCGGAUACCACGCCAUGGAAUUGCUUCAGCGGUUCAUGGUCAAGCACCUCACCGAUCUGCUCACCUCCCCCACGCUUCAAGCAGCAGCUGCCGACAGACGUUACGAGGAUGCUGUGUUUGAUGAGAUCAAGGAGAAGUUCCCCGUGUUCGUCUUCGCCUGCGUGCAACUCGCGAGCAAACUGUUUCUCUUCGAGGACAUAAUCACAAACAAGGCGGCUGUGCACUUUCUGCACUCAGCCGGCCUCAGUGUUUCCAAGCAGACACUCCAAGAGUCAGAGAUGAUGAUCCUGAAAGCUCUUGAUUUCCGACUCAAUACCCCGAAUCCUCUGACAUACAUAGAGCUACUUCUGGAGGUCCUCGGUCACAAUGAGCCGUCUGUGCCUGUGGAGGACCUCUACGACUUGUGCCACCACAUUCUGCAGCUCAUCAGCCUGGACAGAGCCGCCGUCUACGACUCGCUGUUGAAGACGACCACCCGGUGUAGCAGCCCCUCCAGAGAACAGAGAGAGAAGUUUGUGACAGUGACUGAGGACUGCAUGCUUCUCGGUGUUGGGGUCAUCGCUGUGGCUACGUUCACCCUCUCUGUCCGGAAGUGGGAACAGGUUGUGGCAGAACUGAGUCACAUCACAGGAAUCUCAAGCAGAAGCAUCAGCGACUUCACCCAUGUGAUACUGAUGCAUAUUGUUAGACCCAGUUCCCCUGGAGCACCAGCUCGAGACCCAAUGACACACACCUACUGAGCACUGUGUCGCACUGUCACUGUUUAUGGUGGAGAUUGUGUGUUAGUCGUAGAUGUACCAUGAUGUUUGGGACAAGAAAAAGGGGAUUAUAGUUAAUUAUUUAUUGUUUAUUUUGUAUAUUCUACAAAUCCUAAUUGAUAGUGAUUUGUUGUGUUGUGUGAAUCAGUGAAGAUGUUGACCUGGCAGUAUUACAGCCUUGUUGUUGCCAUUAUCAUUAAUAUAAAUAUAAAUAUAAUAAAUAUUACAUUGACCUCACCACACAUUGUAUAUUUCCACAGUUUUUUCACAUUUCCCAUGACAUAUUUAUCCUUUGCCUUAAUUUAGAUGCAUUGUGGUUUGUUGUUAUGCUUGUGUUUGGUUGUCAAUAUGUAAUUGCACAUAACCUGCAUGAUAUAUGACUCUUCCUUGUUUUGUUUUUGAGACUGGGAGCAGUAGUAGCUGAAUUUAAUGCAACAAUCCACUAAGCUAUGUUAAGAAUAUAUCAUAUUUAAAAAGCUUCCUGCUGAACAUUGGAGAUAAAC